ACACAACUCAAGCUGCAGCACUUGGUAGCGCAUCUACAUUACACAACUUAGAUGGCGGAAAGAGGCAACAACAUCGAGAAGCACAGAAAGAAAGCUCCGUGGAAAAGCCAGAAGAUGCAGCUGAGGGGGCGAAGGAUCCUGAAUCAAACCGUUACUCACUUGCGAGGUCCUAUCCGUACACGAAUAUGCAUGCCAUGUCUGCGCGGACGAAUUUUACAUGGAUCGCCAAAGAGAGCCC